CGCGUGUUUUUGAACACAAGAGAUGCUUAAGAAUUGAGCAGCUGAUAAAUGGAUUAAAAAUAAGACUUGAUGCUAAUAGGAAAAUAUGCGUGCAGUGCUAACUCUUGUUAAAUGAGGACGUUUCAGACACAGACAUCUCGCAGGUGUGUUUUCUUCUCAGUCAGCCUUACUUAAAAGCGUCACAUACUUUCCGCUAUGCUUAGGUGUAUAGUUAGACUUCAGAGUCAGGUUGGGAAUGCUUUUUCUCUCAGUAAAGUGUGCCCGAGAAAUCAGCACUACGAAUGUGUUGCGAGAUACUCCGCAGCCACAGCAGAAAGGAAGAGAUUUUAUCAAGAUGUCAGCAUAUCUCAAAGUGAAGGUGGUUUAUAUGAGAUAAACCUGGACCAAAGGAAGCUGAAAACUCCAGGAGGGAAGCUGUUCACGGUGCCAAAUGAAGCCUUGGCCAUCGCUGUUGCAACUGAGUGGGAUGCUCAAAGGGACACACUCAAGUUCUACACUAUGCACUUGACUACCCUGUGCAACACGGCUCUCGACAAUCCCACCCAACGCAGCAAAGAACAAAUGAUCACCGCUGCUCUCAAGUUUCUGGAGACUGACACCAUCUGUUACAGAGUAGAUGAGCCCCAUGGUUUAGUCGAGCUGCAAAAGAAUGAAUGGGACCCUGUGCUGCAGUGGAUUGAAAAAAGAUAUAACGUCACUAUCGGCUCCUCAGCCAGUAUUUUGGGCCCUGAGAUUCCAGAGGCAACCAAAGACACCUUACGGCAACAUCUCAAGUCUUACAACUUCUGGUCUCUGACAGGACUUGAAUAUGUGAUCACCCAGCUGAAGUCCAUUGUAUUGUCACUGGGCAUGAUUGACAGGCACCUGAGCGUGGAGCAGGCUGUGUUGCUCUCCAGACUGGAGGAGGAAUACCAGAUUCGACGCUGGGGAAACGUGGAGUGGGCCCAUGACUACGACAUGUAUGAGCUGAGGGCACGGACUGCUGCUGGUGCCCUUUUUGUUCACCUCACAUCCGAGAGUUCGACUGUCAAACAUAAACUUCUGCAGGACUGAAAAGGAUUAGGAUCAACUACUGAGAACAUCCCCAGCACCUAUGUUGUAUAAAUGUCUCUGCAUUCAUAUAAAGGCUGCAUAUUCUGUCUGUUCUGUUUAGCAAUGACAGCUGCUCUGUUGUGAUCUGUUAUGCAGUCAUCUCACUCCAGUAAAACAUGCUGGCUCUCCUUUUUGCAGUGUUUACAUGUAGCAGCUGCCAAGUGUGACACCCUUCACAGAGUUUCCAGUGGGUUCUCAAUCACCCGUGACAUUUUGGACAGCGACACAUUGCCUCAGAAGAAUAGUGAAGGUUUUUGUUGUCUCUGUGGCAGUGGAGCGAUAAUUCCGUAUUUGAUUUUGUUUUUCUUUCUUUGAGCCACAAUGUCACUACUGGAAAGCAGAUAUGCUCAUCUUAACUGCACACUAUUCAGUCUGUACUGACUGCACUGUGUGCUGUCUGGCUCUGGCAAUUACAUGUGAAAAGUAUAAACUUCAUUAAAUUCUGAAUUCUAAUUAUUUUUUGGUAAUGAAUUAACUAUGUUCUGUAUGUCACAGUAUUUUUCUUUGCUGGUGAAGUGUAAAACUGAAAAUGUAGAGAGAACGCCUUUAUUAGUAAAGCUUCUCUGCAAAGAGCAGUCUUCACAGGAAUUGUUGUUAUUACAGUUGAUAUAAAUCAAGGAAUGACAUCAUG